GGUGUGUGUGGCAGCGGGGGUUUCAGCCCUGGGGGGUUCUGAUUCUGUGGUGUGUGAGGGGAAUGUGUCAGCUGUCUACAGAGCUCUGCUGGACUGUAUGACUGACUACACACUGGACAGCAGAGGAGACGUAGGAGCCUGGGUGAGAGAGGCAGCCAUGACCAGCCUGAUGGAGGUGACUCUGUGUGUGGUGGGCACCGCUCCACAACUACUCUCACCAGACCUGGUGAAUGGUAUGAUGUGUAGCUUGGCACAGCAGUCAGCAGAGAAGAUCGACCGCUACAGAGCCCAUGCUGGAUCAGUGUUCGUCAGACUCCUCCAUAGUAACAACCCUGCAGUACCUCACAUCCCCCACCGAGAGGAGCUGCUCGCCAUCUUCCCUACUGAAGGGACAGAGAGUCUGAACUGGAAUGCUCCGUCUCAGGCCUUCCCCCACAUCACCCAGCUGCUGAGACUGCCCCAAUACCAGUACCACACACUACUGGGGUUGACCGUGUCUGUAGGAGGACUGACUGAGUCUACGGUGCGUUUCUCCUCCCAGUCUCUGUUUGACCACCUGAUGUUGAUUCAGCAGGAUAGAGCAGCUCUGGGACAGUUUAGUGAUGCACUGCUGCGUGUCUUCAGAGACAACCUGAGAAAUGACAGGGUGUCUAUCCCCUUCCUGAAGAUGCUGGACCAGAUGCUGGCGAGAGCCUGCUUUGACACCUUCACUACAGACCAGGAUCAUCAGUUCUGUGUGGACCUGUUGGCUCUCUGUAAGGAAGAGAUUAAGAAGUCCAAGGACACUCAGAAGCUCCGCUCCGCCAUCGCUGUGUUCUGUGGUCUGAUCCAGUUCCAGGGAGAGGUCCGUAAGAAGGUUCUGUUCCAGCUGCUGCUGCUCCUCUGUCACCCCUUCCCUGUGAUCAGGAAGACCACAGCCAGCCAGGUGUAUGAGAUGCUGCUGACCUACGAUGAUGUCAUCGACCCUGACGUGAUGGAUGAUGUCAUGACGUCGCUGAGUGACACCAACUGGGAGGAGGACGUCGCCACGGUGAGGACCCACAGAAACCAGCUCUGUGAUUGGCUAGGAGUACAGAAGCCCCAGCUCGUUGCCAGGGGUCCUGUCCAGUAGGCCUGGGGGGAACUAUUCUCAGCAGGAACUGAAGAACUGUAGCACAGGAUCCUUCAGGAUGGCAUUCUGUGUGACACAUCACAAAGUACAGCUGUACUUCUAAAAGGUCACAGCCUUCAGUGAUGUUCCUAGACCCACACACUUUGUUGCAGUACAUUCCAGUUGGUAUGCUAGUAUGGUCAUGGAAUGAAUGGUAGUCUGGGUUCAUCUGGGAUUCAGCAUUCCUCUGUCUGUCUGUCUGUCUGUCUGUCUGUCUGUCUGUCUGUCUGUCUGUCUGGUUGUGGAACGUGUUUGAAUGAGAAUGUGAACUGCAAAAGUAAAAAAAGAACAAAAACAAUCUGUCAAUAAACAAACAGAAACCGCA